UAUAGUCGCAAUAUUUUCAAGAGCGGCAGCAAAAUCGCGUAAAAGCAACGCGAUUUUUUGAGAAAAUAAAUUAACAUAAAAUUUUAUUAAUUGAAAUAGACAUUGGUUUCUUGAUAUUACAAGUGCAAUUGACUACGAGACCGUUUUAUUUAUUAUACAUUUUAAAAAGUCAAAUUACAAAAUCGGGCUUUAUAGCAAUUUUCUUAGUUAUGCAAAGAAUAAACUCAUGUUAUUGGGAAAAUAUCAUUUUUUCGAAUCAGAAUAAUGACUGCAUUUCUAACUAGACCUAUAAGAUGCAGCUAGCAGGUACAGAAGCACGCAGCUGGCACGCAGCUGUGCACGCAGCGUUUUUAGCAAGAUAAUCAGUACAUGAGCUAGCAAGGUGUCUUGCAUGCAAUCUAGCAUGAAAAAUCCAGAAAAAUUAUACCGUGCACCACAAACGUUAGAUGAAUAAAGUAGUUUAUAUCGUGUCAUCGAUAGCCACUGAUUAGAAGACAAUUAGGAGACAAUAUAAAUAAUUUAUGGCAGUGUUAUUUAGAAAUAAUAUGGCAGAAGUAGCAACGAAUUUGAGAUUAGUUUAUGAUAAGAUACAGGCUGCUGCCACAAACAGAGCAUCGGAACAUCGAUAUUAUGAACCACGAUUGGUAGCUGUUAGCAAGUUGCAAACCAUAGAAUCUAUAUUAUCUGCUUAUGAAGCUGGUCAAAGACACUUUGGUGAAAAUUAUGUUAACGAGUUAGUGGAAAAAUCUUCAAAUUCACAGAUUCUUGAAAAAUGCAAGGAGAUUCAAUGGCAUUUUAUAGGCAAUUUACAAAGGAAUAAAGUCAACAAGGUUUUAAAUGUACCAAAUUUGUAUGUGAUAGAAACUGUUGAUGAUGACAGACUUGCAAAUGCACUUAAUAAUUCAUGGUCAAGAUUUCGAAGAAAUGAUGAUAGCAAAUUAAGUAUCAUGGUACAAGUUAACACGAGUCAAGAGAAAGAAAAACAUGGUUGCGAUAUUGUAAAAGUAUCAGAUCUUGUAAAACAUAUUCUAAAUAAUUGUCCCAAUUUGAAAUUCAUGGGUCUUAUGACAAUAGGAAUGUUUGGAUAUGAUGUUGCGAAUGGUCCAAAUCCUGAUUUUCUUUGUUUGAUAAAAUGUAGAGAAAAGGUACACGAGGAAGUAGGAAUUGAUAUUAAAAAUAUAGAAUUAUCAAUGGGAAUGUCUAGUGAUUAUGAACAUGCAAUUGAACUUGGCAGUACAAAUGUGAGAGUAGGAAGUGUUAUUUUUGGCAGUAGACCACAAAAAAGUACUUAAAAAGAUAGUAAGCUUUAAAAAUUAUUUAAAUAUUAAAACUAAUAUAUAAUUUCAUAUAUUAGAUAUAAAAUAUAAAAUGUUAAUAAAGAUGCUUAGGGUGUAUAAAUGCGUAAAAUGCAAAGGGAUACAAGUAAUAUUUUAUAUAAUUUUAUAGAAUGUUAAAGGAUAUCAGAAUAAAAACAAUUCUAUAUUCUUUCUUUCUC